CAUGCAUAUACACUUACAUCAACACUCGGUGGCAUACUUGAAAUUCCUUGUUACUGUAUUGGUCGAGAUAAAUUUUGUCCUGUACCAGAAAAACUCAAGUUUAAGAAUAAGUGCAAUAUUUUAUAUUUUCCACACGAUGGCGCAGUAUGACGGUAUUGUAAUACGAUACCAACCCUUGUUAUAGUAUGUUUAAUUUAUCCUAUUGGCUCAAAGACUUCUCAAAGCCGAUUGGUGCAUGCACCGUUCUUUUUAAAUGUUAGUUUGAUUGAGACUGCAGAACAAAACAUAUGCUUAUGUUUAAAGUAUCGGCUGGCAAAAAGUGUCACUGCAUCCGUAGACAGACAACGAAACUGCUAAAGAAGUGAUAACAUAAACUUAAAAUAAAAGUUAUUUACGUUCAUUUGACACUAAAAGUUAAUGGGUUGUAUUUCUUUCCGUGCGUAAAACUGACCUUUAAAUCUAAUUUGGCGCUGUAAGGCCAACUAAUUUGGCGCUUUAAGGAACAAUGUCAAGCAGUCCCAGGAUGAUAAAGACCCUUGAAGAUCUAAGCCUGGACUCCGGCUACGGAGCGGGGGAAUCCUACCAGUCCCUCAGCCUUUCAUCGUCCAGGUCGCGGCAAUCCCAGACCCAUCUACACCAGGCAACCUGGUGGCAUCAGACCGGCUCUCUGAGCAGCAGGAACACAAGCUGGGAUGCGGUCAACACAGUGUUGCCCGAAGAUAUAGACGACGUCCUCACCGAGUUUCCCCGUCUGCCGGAACUGGAAGAUGUCCCCUGGACCGACCUGGAGGUCGCUGAAGUCUUGCGUAAAGUGGCGGGCGGGAAGUUCCUUUUCCUAGGGGAUGCAGUUCGCCGUCUUUCUGUGCUGCUUCGAAGGGCUUUGGUUCGUAUCUCUCGGGAGGCGCAGAGACUGAGCGUGCUGCACCGGCGAUGCACGCGGUUCGAGGUUCAGAGCGCCGUUCGUCUGGUGCUGAGCUGGGGGCUGGCGGAGCGGUGCGUGGCUGGAACGGUGAGGGCCAUCUCUCUCUACUGCAUGAGCUCAGGCGAGACCCUGCGUCAACGCGGCAAGUCCUCGCGCUGCGGGCUCAGCCUAUCGGUGGGAAGAUUCUUCCGGUGGAUGGUGGACACCCGCGUGUCAGUGCGCGUGCAUGAUCACGCAGCCAUCUGUUUGGCUGCAUGUGUGGAGAGCUUGGCGGAAGAUGUGGCCGCGCGGGUGCUGAUGAUGAUGUCGGACGAACGAGAGCGCGAGGGCACCUGUGAUCAGGUAUCCAUUGAAAUCUUGGACGAGAUUGUCAAUAAUGACGCAGAGCUGUGGGGAAUGAUGCAGAACUAUGAGCAUCUGAUAUGCGGGAAAAAUGUUGAGCUUUCCCCGUCGGCCCAUGUCAGUCCAUACCCGGAGGAUCCCUGUGCACCAAUGGAAAGCAGUGAGGAUGCCUAUGCCCAGCAGGAGCUACAUGCUCUGGAACAGUCCCUUCUGGUCACAUACGUGGGCAGCAUCGCAGAACUCAGUGAUCUCGUGUCGCGGGCCAUGCACCAUAUAAAGCGUCUCUGCGCCGUAAGCUCCUCCCUCAGCCCUAUUCGCCCAGCCAAUAACUAUUCAGUAUGCUGGGCGCCUGAUGCUCUGCAUACCCUUUACUACUUCCUGUCCAGCUCGCAAAUGGAAUCACUUGAGAACCCUAAUCUGGAACCCCCCAGGACAGCCUUAAGUACAGAGCGACAAUUCAUGCUCCUCCCCCCUCUUGUGGAGUGGAUACGGAUUGCCGUGGUGCACGCCGAGCACCGCCGCAGCCUGUUGGUUGACAGUGAUGAUGUCAGACAGAGUGCCAGACUGCUCCUCCCCGGUCUGGAUUGCGAGCCCAGACAGAUGAGGUCUGAGUGUUGUUUCAGCUCAUACAGGCUCCUGGAUUCUAAGGCAGCUACAGAGAGGCUUCAGCUGGACCUGGGCUUCCGCAUGCUGAUGUGUGGCAGAGCAGACCUUAUUGGUCAGGCCACUCGGCUACUGGGACCAUCAGGGAUUAACACCAAAGACGACCAGGGAAUGACCCCUCUAAUGUAUGCAUGUUCAUGUGGAGACGAGGGUCUCGUCCAGAUACUACUGGAGGCUGGUGCCAAACCUGACCUGGCGGUUCCUUGCUAUUCACCGAAACAGCCUUCAGUCCACCCUGACAGUCGUGGUUGGGUUGCCCUUACAUUUGCUGUGCUUCAUGGACACCUUGCAGUGGCUCAGCUGCUGUUGGAGGCGGGAGCAGACGUGGAGGGUAGGGCUGUUACGCCUAGUCAGGAGAGCUUUGCUGAGACUCCGCUGCAGCUAGCCUCCGCCGCUGGAAACCAUGAGAUGACCAGCCUGUUACUGGCCCACAGUGCCGACCCGCUGUUCAGAGUGCAAGACGGGAAUGCUCCGACAUCACCGCUUUACGAAAACAUGAACUGCUUCAGCUGCGCCGCUGCACAUGGACACAGGAACAUCCUAAGGAGACUUUUGACCCAACCCCAUCCAACCAAAGAGGACAUCCUCUCUUUGGAGGAGAUAUUGGCUGAGGGCUUCCAAGAGAAGGAGGAGGCUAGCUCCCUCUCUCCUUCCUGUCCCAGUCCUGGUAGCAAUUAUUUCUGCCCCAGUAGCUCCAACCCAAUGCCCAGGCUGUGUAAGGCCAGGAUGAAGGCUCUUCAGCAGGCUUCCUACUACAGCGCUGAGCACGGCUACCUGGAUGUCACCAUGGAGCUUCGAUCUCUGGGUGUUCCCUGGAAGCUCCAUGUUUGGCUAGAGUCCCUUCAAGUGGCCCAACAACUGUCCAGGGAGGAGGUUACCCUCCGACUCCUCAGUGACUUCCCCUCCAUCAGGCCACAGGACUACUGUCAGGAUCUGAUAUCACCUGGCCUACCUCUCAUGUUCAACAUGCUUGCGACCAGCAAGGACUAUGCCAUAACCAAGAGACUGGCAGCCAUCUUCUCCCACUGUUAUGGCUCAGCUCCUAUUCCUUCAGUUCCACAAAUGGACCUCACUCUCUCCACACAGCUAGAUGCACAUUUCCUGAACAACCCAGAGAUGUCUGACGUGACGUUGUUGGUGGAGGGUUGUCCCUUCUAUGCCCACAGGGUCCUCCUCAUGUCUGCCUCUGAAAGGUUUCGGUCUCUGUUGAGUUCCUCCGGGUCUGGCACCAGCACCAUUCACAUUUCGGACAUGCCCUAUGGCACCUUCCAGAGGAUGAUGAGUUGUCUGUAUUGUGGAGGGACCGAAGGUCAGAAGCUCUCCCAGGUGGAUGCCAUGGAGCUUCUUCCAUUGGUACAUUUCUUCCAGCUGAGGACUCUAGAGAAACAGUGUGAGAUCCAGCUCUCAGAGAGUAUCACCUUAGACAACGCUGUCAGCAUCUACUUAAUGUCCAGGGAUCACGGCGUGGUAGAUCUCCAAAGGUUCUGCGAAGGCUUCUUUCUGCAGUACAUGGACCAGCUCUUGGACAGAGAGGAAUUCCACAGACUGCUCCUGGGAGGGGCGAAUGAGAACCAGUUCUCCCCAGCGACAGAGACUCGGAGUGGGCCAAGCUGUGUCCGACAAUCCCCUCUCCUUCUGGACAAUCUAAAGGCCACUCUGAUCCACAGGCUGCUAUCGCUGUAUCCACCCUGCAGAGAUUGAGCUACCUGCCGUGUACUAGUUAUAAGUCCUUUCCUUUUUUUACCCUUUGCAUGCAUUGAUGUCAAACAACCAAACAGGUGAAUGACAAGUAGCUAUACCUGGUCUCAAAAGGCAUUAAUGGUUAACGAAAAAGGAGAAAGAGAAAGGCACACAAUGUUUCUGAGAUGGUCCUAAUUAUCUGGGAGAAGAACCGACAUGCUAGCAGGCCUGGAAAUGUCUGAUAACCCCAAAGAUGUAGUUGUAAAUAGAAAUCCCUGUGCGGGGUCCCCACACCAAAUUUCAGGGAGAAAACAAGUUAAGUUGAAGAUUCUGCAUCUGUGAAAACUGGAUAUUUCCAGUUUCUUAUGACCUCAGUGAAGGGAUAGAGAUGACUAACUGGUGUAGCUCAAGGCAUGUUGUUGAAACAGGUAGUUGAAGAAAGCAUAGUACUUGGUACUUCGACAAUGUCACAUUGUCACCUCCAGAGGUUAUAGUUGCUCAUAUGUGAAGCAGUCUCUGGACAGAGUACUUAUACUGUGAUCUGCCAGGCACUCAAGCCUGCUGCUAUUCUAUCUAAAUGCCUGUGAUACUGCCAAGACUGACUGUGAUGGUUGGAGAUGUGUAGGUAGUUUGGCAGCUUCUUUCCACACGUAUAUCUAUUUGGGAAAAUGCGACAGAAAGUGAGGUGAACAGCUCGGGUCCUCACAGACAGCAUCCCAGAAUGGGUAUAUGGAGUACUGCUGCCAUCUAGUGUUGUAUGUGUGACUGCUGUUUAUUGGCAAUUUGACCUACAUUACACCAAGCAGCCAUAACAUUACAUGACCACUGACAGGUGAAGUGAAUAACACUGAUAAUCUCAUUAUCAUGGCACUUGUCAGUGGGUGGGAUAUAUU